AUGGAGUCUUCGAACACGUAUGAGGCAGCCGGGAAACGGCUUCUUGUCAGCCACAUCGAUCGGGUUGCUGCCUUGGAACCCCUCAGGCCCGCCGUCCACCAGCUGACUCCCGGCCAGCCUGAGGCCACCGUCCAGCAUCUCACCUUCCGCGAUCUGGCAAACCUCGUCAAUCAACUCGCCUGGUGGCUGGAUGGAUUGGUCACGAAGGGCUCCACCAUUGCGUAUCUGGCACCGAGCGACUUGAGACAUGCUCUUCUUUGCUUGGCCGGUGUUAAAGUCGGAGUGAAGGUCCUUCUUCUUUCCCCGCGGAAUAGCACAGAAGUCAAUGAGCACCUUCUACGAGUUACUGAAUGUGGCACAAUUCUUUUCGACGGAACUUUCGAGGCAGCUGUAUCGCACCUGGAAACCCAACCCCUGGAGGCCAUUCCAGUUCCAGAGCUCUUGGAGCUUCUUCGCACACAAACCCCGGUGAACGAAUACCGAUAUACGGACACAUUGGACGCAGUCGAAGGUGAAGGAUUUGCUAUUGUGCAUACAAGUGGCUCUACCGGACUACCCAAGCCGGUGACCAUCACCCAUGGAGCCCUCGCAUCCCAGGAUGCCCACCGGAAUCUGUCUUCAACUGAAAACCUCGGCCAAAAGCUCCAGCUAGAACUGAUAGCAGAGGCUAAAAGGCCCUAUAUUUCAUUCCCCCUCUUCCACAUCGCGGGCUUGUUCUUUUCCUGUUACCUACUUUUCUCAAGAUCAUCCCUGGUUUUUGGGUACCCGAACCGGCCACCGAGCUGUCAGAUAUUGAAGGAUGUCCUUCGUUUAGCCAACGCCGAUGCCGCAUUUCUUCCGCCGCUGAUCGUCGAUCAAAUCCCACAGGAUCCGGAUCUCAUGGACUUGAUCAGUUCUGAUGUUAAUUUCGUGGUCACGGGUGGUGGUCCAGUAAGCCACGAGUCGGGGAGCAUUGUGUCUCAAAAGACCAGCCUCCAGGGGGUAAUGGGCUCUUCGGAGACUCUUUCGUUGGCGCAAUUUGUAACCGAGCCUGAGAACUGGCACUGUUUCCAUUUCUCCAAAGACCUCUGCGGCAUCGAGUGGCGUCCAACUCGGAAUACUCCUCGCGGCAUUGAAGGCCCCGAUGAAGAGAUUUAUGAAAUGGUUCUCCAACGAAGCGACGAGUUUGGACAAUACCAGUCCAUCUUCAAGAACUUCCCCCAUAUCAGGGAGUAUCCGACGAAAGAUCUAUAUCGCAAACACCCUACCAUCCCUGACCAUUGGGAGUGUAAGGGUCGAGCCGAUGAUAUCAUUGUGCUUUCGACCGGCGAAAAGUUGAAUCCGACCAACAUGGAACUUAAGAUAAGCGCACUUCCCCAUGUCACUGGUGCCGUGGUUAUGGGGCGUCAACGUCCUCAUCCAGUCCUACUACUUGAAUUGGCUACGUGCAUUGAUAUAUCUUCCGAUGAGAGUGUGGUCAAUGAAAUUGUCAGCAUGGUCCAGAGUAUCAACAGGGAAAGCUCUCGGGAUGCACAAAUCAACAAAGAUGAUGUAAUUUUUGCAAAGGCAGAGAAGCCGUUUAUCCGAACAUCAAAGGGAUCAGUCCACAGAAAGCAAACCGAGGACUUGUACUCGCAGGAGGUUGAUUCUCACUAUAAGUCGGCCGACUAUAGCCGUGAGAGACUUCCCGUUACGUUUGAUACCACCAAUAGAGAGACUCUGGAAAAUACACUUAUUCAACUCGUUAGCGGUUUAACCUCUGUGAAUAAUAUGAGGCCACAUGAUGACUUCUUUAAGUGUGGCCUCGACUCAAAACAAGCUCAGAUAGUGGCCGCAUCGAUACAGAAUCUGCUGAAAGAAAAGCAUCAGGAAUUCUCCUCCCCUGCCGACGCGAUCUAUAGUUAUCCAAAUGCCUAUGGCCUGUCGGGAUACGUGUUGCAAGAACUGAACCAGGGUAGGGUGAGAGACUCAUCUGAAGUAUUCGAGGCAACAUUUAAGAGGUUUAGAAAGCUUCUACCACAGAGCCUUGCCACUAUCAAGUCUGACAAGAAAAGUCAGCGUGACCACGUCUUGUUGACAGGAAGCACAGGCUUUAUUGGCUCCUUCCUACUUGACACACUUGUCAAGCGAGAUAAUGUUAGUCAAAUCACUUGUCUCGAUCGAUCACUCGUGAAAGGAGAUCCUCCUUUUGGGUGUUCAGUACAACGACUGCAAGGGGAUUUAUCAAAGCCUCUUCUAGGCUUACCACAAGACACAUAUUCUCAACUGCUACAAAGUGUCACCAAGAUCGUCCACUGCCAGUGGGCUGUCAAUUUCAACUGGCCCUUGCACCUAUUCGAGUCUAACAUUCGCGGGGUAGUGAAUCUCAUAAACCUAUCUCUCAAAGCCAACUACACCACACCCAUUGUCUUCAUCUCAUCCGUCGCAUCUGUCGCCAAGUGGGACCAACUGCAGCCAGUGCCUGAGUCACACCUUGCCUCACCAUCAUAUGCUCUCACAGGAUACGGUCAAAGCAAGCUCAUCGCCAGUCUCUUGCUCCACCACGCCGGCCAUGAGCUAGGAAUGCCUUCUAUAAUCUGCCGCGUUGGUCAGGUAGGAGGGCCUAUACACAAAGACGGCGUCUGGCCCCAACGUGACUGGUUCCCCACCCUACUUCGAGCAUCAAAAGCCAUUGGGUACCUCCCCAGCUCAUUGGGAGACUCCAGCGACCUAAACUGGAUACCAGUGGAUAUACUGGCAGAGAUACUUGCAGACCCGGCUCUUCUUGACUGGCAGAACCAAGCCACAUCUUACUGCAACCUCGUGAAUCCCUUGAUCAAGGAUUAUAAGGAUAUUCUUCCCACGAUCGCUCAGAGGCUGGAGCCUGUCUGCAAGGUAGUGCCCUUCUCCAAGUGGGUUCGCGUUCUGGAGACAUCGUCUAUAGAAGCACAGGCCAAAGGGGCGCCUAUCCCUCCCGGAGUGGAGCUGCUGGCUUUCUAUCAAUAUCUAGCGAGUCAAUCAAAGGGUUCCUCCGUCAGGCUGAGCACCGAAGUGACAGAGACACGAAUCCCUCUGCUUCAUAGUAUGGGGGCCGUGAAUCGGGCAUGGAUGGAGACUUGGAUGGAUCAAUGGGGGUUCUGA